AUGGUACGGGAAAAUCAACUGCAGGACUCAAUCUUGAAGAAGAUUCUGGAAGCUUUCGCGGAAGGAAAGGAAUUGGAAAUAGAUCGACAACUCGCCCGUGGAUACCUGGUGUCGCAGGGAGUGAUAUACCGAUACGUGCCCGAGCUGUAUGCUGAAGAACCGCAGCUGCGAAUCACUUCCCGUUAUUACUGGAUUGGGAUGCGCAAGGACAUCAUCACAUAUCUAAAGGACUGCAUUCAGUGCCAGCGAUUCAAGGCAACGAAUCUAAAACCCGCUGAACUAAUGCAAAUUCUGGUUAUGAAACAGAGACCAUUUCUGUCCCUUUCCCAAAUCUACACUUUGUCAUCCACCACCUCCAAAGCCUACGCCAUAACGAUAUUAGACGAAAUACUUCUUCGGUAUGGGACGCCCCGGAGAAUGAUAAGCGAUAAUGGAACCCAAUUGGUAACGGCAGCUCCAGAGGACCAGACUCGAUGGGAUGAGGCACUCCCUAGCAUCCGUUUCGCUUUAAACACCGCCCUUGCAGCUCCACGAGAACUACGGACCCCCGAGGAAGCGCAUGAGGCUCUCCAAGCCGUUGUCCAAAACGACAACUUAGUUGCGCUCUCUCCGCGAAAUUCGCCAUGCGCAGAGAUGGACCCUGCGUCAUGCUUAGCCGACGAAUUCAUCCCUUCACAGUUUCCCGACUCGUCGCAGUACCGAUCCAUAUUUUCCAAUAAAAUUUGGUCAGAUGAUGAAGUAUCCCCACGUAGUCAACCACCCUCAGAAAAUUUAACUACUGUUUCUCGAUCUUCCUCACCUGUAGCCCAUAGUGACAGCGGAAUACAUCAAAGUACAAUUGAAGAAGAAGGAACUCCCACGGAAUGGACUCCCGAAAUACCUUUCGAGAAUUUACAUAGAACCCUUUCUGCUGAUGUAGGAGAUAAUUCGAUAAACCUUUCAUGUUGUGCGCUGAAACUGGAACAAACCGAUAUAAAAAUAGGGAAUCCAUCGAUACCUAAACAGGUCGAUAAAAUUAUCGACCGUAGUAUCGAAAUAGAAAGCAAUAAAUGGAUGAGAAGUGCAAAUGUAAAUCCAUGGCUCCUCAGGUUUAAAGAUCCCGAAAUGGAAAAGGAAUUUAACCAAUUGAGGGAGGAUAUGUUCAAAUCGAACAUGCUCUGCUGUUAUGUUAUUUGGAUAUUUAUGGUAAUUUGCCAGCUUACAAUGCUCUCCCAAUAUAUUGCUGUUGUCGUAAGUCUGUUAAUAACAACCGCCCUUUUAAGUUGUACAACAAUUCUUGUCAUGGCAGAGGAGUUCAAUGAGUUUCCAAAAUCGCUUCAAAAAAUUUCAUCCAUAUUGGUCCACAACCACAGAUGUCGAACAGCCUUUGUAUGUGCAAUAAUAUUAACAAUGUCAGUAAUGUCAUCCAUUGGCCUUUUCGUAAUGGACGUUAACAAAGUAGGGAACUUCUCAAUCAAUAAUAUAACAAACGAUUCAACGCACAUUAUGUACACAGCAUACCAUUUAUCAAGUGUACCACCAAAGAAUUCAAGCAAAGAAGAAAUAAGUUCCACUUUAAUCAAAACUGAAAUAAGAGUAAAUACUAUCAUUCAAGGAAACAUAACAAUUAUUCCUCUCCAAGAACGUUUAAACCGUAAAAAUUAUACUAUAAAAUUAUCUUAUUUGAAUAAUAUAGAACACAAUGAUUCCAUAAGGAAAAUA